AUGCUGUUCACUGUGCAUGCCAGCACCACGCCUCUGGCGGAGCAGCUGGCCGCCCUCAGUGUCUCUCUACAGCACAUCGCCUCAGGAGAGAUUGUCAGCACGCAGCCGGUGCCGCCACCGAAGCCGUCAUCCAAACCGGUGCCACCGCUGUCCGCUACGUUCCUCUGUGACUACGUGGAGCUGGGUGGACGAUACUCGGCGCUACUACUGACAAGCGGUCGACUCCUCGCCUUCAGUGCGCCGCUGUUCGUCCGCUGGCCGCCGAUACUCGUCACCCUACCUUCGCGGGCCGAGACGCACACUUCCGUGGUGGCCCAUGUGCGGAAGUUCAAGGGACUGUGCGCGGCGAGGUCAAAGAGUCAGCUGUCAGUCUCGGCGCAGCUGGUAGUGUCCAGGAGGGGUUGGGAGGAGGGAAAUGUCGCCGUCUCCGAACCUCUUCUAGGCAGUGUUACGGACCGUUUUCCUCUGCAACACUUCUACGCGAGGAUACACGACAUUCGAAUACCGUGCGAUCGUCUGGAUAGACAGGGUUUCUUCCAGCUUCAGCUGGUGACUAACUCUUCAGACAGCUCGCUAAUCGCUUGGAGUAACGUGACACGAGUCGAGUGGAACCGGACUUUCAAGCUGUACGCUCGAGGAGAGACCGGUGCCAGUGUGUUUCCGUGUCUGUCGGGUGUCGAGGUGUACUACAGACGUCCCAAGUGCGGGGCUGUCUCGGGCAUGGUGCGUGUGGCGGGAGUGGAGCGGGCCGCAGUGGAAUCGGCCGUGCCGCCCACCACACGACACUAUGUCGGCGAGAUGAGGGUGGCAGACUACACGAGCGCCAUGUCCUUCCGCUGCGACAUGUUCUCCGAGCGCUUCCAGGAGUACUGCUUCUCGUACGUCACAUUCGGCUGGAACGGAUCCGUGCACACCGUGAAGACCGUCUGCCUGUCCACGCUGAUGCCAAUACUGCGGACCGACGGCGGGUUUGGUCCGUGGUCUCCGUGGUCUCCCUGUCGGACCAGCUGUGGGGCCGCCUCCAGCGUCCGCUAUCGCUUCUGCAACUCUCCUCCGCCCCGCAACAACGGAGCCUACUGCCAGGGUGAGGGGAUCCAGGUCCGGCGGUGCGCCCUCCCGCCGUGUCCCACACCGCCGGUGACGCUGUCUCCAGUCCAGAAGGCGUACGUCAGUCCCACCUGUAGGUGCGGAUGUGACGUGGUUCUCUCCAGAGGGCAGAACUACAGUGUGGCGGCAGCGACAGGCCGCUGCUCGGCCCCCAGCCUCUGGAGGUUUGAGACGACCGAGGGUAACGUGCUCUCCCUCCACUUCUCCUACUUCCUGCUCAACACCAGCUCGGAGCGGCUUUAUGCGCGAGACGGACCCUACUCCAACUCGGAGCUGCUGGUGGGCGGGCGCGGAGCGACACUACCGCCACCUGUGGUCAGCAGCGGGAACUUCCUGCUGCUGGAAUACAUCGGCGGACCGGCGAGCGCCGCACAUCCGGCUGGAGGAUUCCUGGCGUCAGUGGCGGCUGUUGCGUCUAACCGGAGUGGCGGCGUCCAGCUGGCGAUGGCCGGAUCGGAGCGGCCCGGCCUCCCCACUGUCGGGGUCCUCUCCAUCGCCCUCCUGACCGUGAUACUGGUGGUACUGCUGGGGGCGGCCUUCUACCACGCCUGGCAGGCCCGGCGAGUUGCCAGGUCACAUAGCUGCGAGUCGCUGUUCAGCAGUGCUGACGAUGCCGACGGCGGUGGCGGCGUCGGCAGCGGCGGCGCCGGCUGGGUGUCUCUCCACACCUCAGUCACCUCCAUAGCCGAGUCGACGGUGAUUCUGCGCCUACGCCGCGGUCCGAGGAGAAAACGACCGCCUCUUCGCACCUCGAGCUGUGACCGUCUGCUGGCGGCGGACUGGCAUCGCUCGAGCACCGCCUCGGCGGGGUGUUCCCUUCCCAGCUCUCCUGCCACCGAGAGACGGCGCCUGGCGGCGCGAGUCAGCCGCCUCGCGGGGGAUAAGAGGCCAGAGGCGAUUCCUCUCAGCUGUCUGAAGUCGACCAGGUGUCGCUCGCAGGCGCUAGAGAAGAGGUCUGAAGCGGAGGAUUCGCCCGAGUCGACUGAGAAGUACCGACCUCACACCAAACCAGCGUCAAAACGCUGGAAGGACCGUGAAAACCGACGCCGUCUGCUGGUGCGGUCAGAGUCAGCCGACACGCUGAAACCCACCGUGUCGGAGUCAGCGCUGAGCACGGCGCUGAGCUCAGCAGUCAGCUCAGCGCUCAGCUCCGCGUCGACCGCAGCUCUGAGCACGGCAGACCAGGAGCUGGAGCUGGACUACUACGACUACCACAUGGCCAACGCGUCACUGGCGCCCGGAUCCAUCUUUGGGAUGGAUCCGCUGCAGCUGAGCUUGUGCGCGUACGACUUUGACGUCACACCCACAGAGGAGCUGGAACUGGGGGAAAUGAGUGAGCUGGGUACCACCGAGGCUACCCAGGUGACAGAAGUAGCUACAGAGGGUGCUGCUACUGAUGCUGAGCUCACGGAGCUCACAGAAGUGGCGGAGGAGGUGACCGAUAGGACGGAGGUCGGUGAUGAUAUUCAGUUCGCUGAUGACACAGACGAUGAGGGAAGUCUGAAGGACGAGCAUGACUCUCCAGCUAGUGUUUUGGAGGAUAAAGAGUGAUGAGAGUUAAGCUGGUGCUUUGAGAUACUUUUGGAGAUCUCACAGGCGCGCGUGUGAGGUAAGAGCCGAGAGGCAAGUAGCAAUGUGUAAAUGAAUAGUGUUGGCGUUUGACAAGGAUAUGUAUGUGAUGUUUGUGGAAGCUAAA